AUGGCCCCGGGACCCCCCAGUCUUGUGCGAUCUCCAUCUGUCCUUCACUGCCCCCUGGUUGUGGUUAUUUUGAGACAUAGUAUUAUCCAUUCUGUGUUAAACAAGAAUCCUGUCAAUAUGAGCUGGGCUGUGGAGGAAUGGAAAGAAGGGCUCUCCCCCAGAGUCCUUCAGAAGAUUCAGGAGCUGGAAAGUCAAGUAGACAAGCUUAAAGAGGAGCGUCAGCAAAGUCAAUUCCAGUUAGAGUCUUUGGAGGCAGCUUUCCAGAAACAGAAGAUUGAAAAUGAAAAAAAUGAAGCUGCAACACUAAAAAGAGAAAACCAGAGCUUGAUAGAAUUGUGUGAUAAUCUUGAGAAAGCAAAGCAGAAAAUUUCACAUGAUCUUCGAGUAAAAGAAUCUCAAGCUAACAUUCAGUCAUGGCAGCUGAAUUCCAGCAAGAAAGACAUCAAAAGGCUAGAACAAGAACUGAAAAGAUACAAAUCUGAGCUUGAGAGAAGUCAGCAAACAUUGAUUGCAGGAGACUUAUCAUUCAGUGGCACUCCACAAAAAAAUUCUACUGUUCCUUUAACACCAGCUCAAAGUCAUAAUGCUAGUAGAGUUACAGUUAGGCGUGUUCACUGUUUUAAUCAUAAAACUCUGUCGGGAAAGAUGAUGCAAGGACACCUGCGAGAAGAAAACCCUUUCAAGGAGAGGACUGCUCACAUCGAAGAAAAAGUAAUGGCAGCAAAACAACGCUUGGAACACGACACCAGUGAUCUCGCCCAGAAGCUGUGCAGAGCAGAGCAGGCUUUAUUAGCAGCCCAGACUAAGGAAACCGAUUUGACAAGAAGCUUUGAG